AUGAUUGUGGCUGGAGCGGGCACCUUGCCCCCACCUCUGCCGGACUACCAUGAGUUGAGGGACAAAAUGACCACCUACGGCGAACAAACACGCUUCGCGGACCUUCGAGAGCUCUAUGGAUCACCCUCCGCGUACGAAGUUCCAUUAUCCAAUUGGAAAGACAGUAUUCUUCGUCUCACCUGUGAACUCGACGUUCCCGAUAUUCCUGCUUCGGGCUCUGGCGAUUCGUCGACGUCGGGGGGCGAUCGACCAUCUUCUUCCGCAGAGUCGCGACAGAGCACUACCAUAGACUUCCCGAUCACCGCUUCCCCUCUGCACGUCCAGCCCGGCGCUAUCGGACGUGGCACGACUGUUCUCCCUCUAGCUUGUCCCAGUGACAUCUCGAGCCUACAGGCGAGGGACGGUCUGAGUCUUGUGGCGAAGAUGAGUUGGCAGCCCGUGAAUCGCAUGGGCGAGGACGAGAUUCUGCGCACUAUUCGGGGGAAAAUUCCUGAACCAUGGAUGAAGCACGUCACAGAACUCAAGUGUUCUACGACGCUCGACGAAGACGCUCUGAACCUACCCAGGAAGGUCUUGAUGGCCUUCGUUGAGACGCGUGUAAAGGCCGUCGCUGUUCUCGGGAAGCCGACACCAAAGCCGAAACGAGGGGCAAAACAAAAGACGCGUGUUGAUGAAGACAGUGACAUUUUAGAGUUGGCCGACGCGUUCAUUGGUCCGGAGUACGAGGAGCGCGUCCUUCGAGUUAUAGUUACUCCCCGCUAUCUGCCAUUGUGCGAGGUAAAGGACUUAGGGGAGUUCAAGACCGUCUUUACGGAUGUCGUGAAAGUCCACUACGUUAUCUACACGAGCUGCAAUAUUCUUCACCGUGAUUUGAGCGUCAACAACAUUAUGUUCACGCGUCAUGACGAGCAUGUCGUCGGAAUUUUGAACGAUUGGGAUCUUGCCGCCUCGACGAUACCGAAGGAGACGGCGACCUGCAAGCACCGAACCGGCACAGCAGCCUUUAUGGCUCUCGAUCUUCUCGAGAACGCUGGGAAGCCUCUACUGCAUGAGUAUCACCAUGACCUAGAGUCCUUUGUGUGGAUCUUGCUAUGGUGCGCAUUCGUGCUUCGCUUCGACGGAAAUCAGGUCGAAUGGGCAAAGCAACCCGGUAAAAUCAGACAGUGGACGGCAACACACGAUUGGGAGACGAUCGCAUCUUGCAAAUUGGGGUUUGUGACGAGAUGCGGGGAUUACCUGGAGCUCAUGACACCAGAGAUGAAGGGCCUGAAGAAACCUUGGAUCCAACCGGUUAUCCGCAAAACGGCGUACACUAUCGUCGCGCGCAGCAUGAGUCAUUUCUCUGAGGAAGAGGAGGAGGAGGAGAAGGAGGAGGAAUCUAGUCCUAAUGGUUCGGCACACGCUAGGGUUGAGAUGACUGAAAGGAACGGCCCUGGCUUCUUUACCUUUCAGCGCGUCAUGAAGGUCUUAGAGCCCUCGACGAAGACGCCGGAGGAUGCUGUGCGGAAGUAUGGAUCUCCUGACCUCAUUGUUCCCUGAGAACGAUGUUACUGUAGACGUUCAGGUCUCGUUUGGGCCACCAUCAUGCAAUCCUUCAUCGCUAUGUAACUGAAAUGACGUCUGUAUGCCUUUGAAUAAAGUAUUUGCACCUUCCACAUUACUUGGUUGAUUUCUUACGAUGGCUAGAAAUUGCCCGAUUGUUUACUUCUGAAUCGUUCUCGAAAGUAUUGUGCUGGUGUAAGCUAUCUUCAUCAUUUGCUCUAACACAUAGGAUAGAUCGUAUUACCUACUGCUUCUGUUUACUCCCGAACCCUAAAUAAUAUGUUACUGAUAUGCAUUGAUGUCGUC